AUGGAGCCCCGGGGCGGGGUGCGGGGACCGGCGCUGCCCCCGCCCUGUGCCCAAGCUGCUCCGGGCAGCGGGGUGCCAGCUGCGCAGGCCGCCCUGGCCCCCACUUCCGGGGGAGAGGCCCCCCCUCGAGCGCGGCGACACCCCUCGGGCACGAGCGGCUUCAGCGGAGCGACGGCAGCAUCUUCCUCCCUCGCUGCCUGCCCCCGGCGGCGGCUCCUCCUCGGCUGCCCCGCGCCCCUCCUCACCGGCCCCGCAGGGACUCGCCGCCCGACUCCAGCCCCCGGCCGGGAGCUGCGCUUCAACUCGCCGCAACUUCCAGCCCCGGCUCCUCGCCCAUCUCCCUCCCGCACAGACCAGUCGGAGGAAGCCGCUGCUCCCGUGGAAGGGACCAAGCGAGGCUGUGGAAAGGAAAGGGCAAAAAGGAAGCAGAGCAAGGUCCGGCCGCGGCUGCCUCCGGGAGCGAGGAGGAGACUCGCACAAAUAUGUCCGCCUUCCUGUUUAAACAGACCGAAAGGGCCGGAACCAAACGCGCAUGCGCUGCGGAAGAGCGCGCGAGCGAGCGGGGCGGGGAGGAAGCUCGCUAUCCCCAAGCCCACCACUGAACGGCCGCCGAGCACGCGCAAGCGAAUCUCCUGCCCGCGCAUAAAUGAACUGACGGGUGGAAGCGCGCCCCCCAGCCGGAUGCACACGUGCCUCCGAUCGCUUUCGCCGCUGGAGGGUACGCGAGCGAUCUCUUGUGGGCCAAUCACCGCCAGCGGAACGUUGAGGUGGCAGGAGGAAAAGAAAAGAAUGGAAUAAAAAAGAAUGCAACAGGAAGGAAUGCAAAAAGAAGUAUGGGAUGAAAGAGUAUGGUAUGAAUUUCCAGAAUUCCCAGAAGACCACAAUGACUUAUUUGAAAGUGUACCAGUUAUAGAAACUAACUCAAAUCCAGUAAUAGAACAAUAACACUGAUAAAUCAGGUGAUGGAACAACCACUCCAAGUUAUAACAUAAUUGUGGAAAGACCAACAUGGAAGACCAAUAAUAGACAUAAAUAUAGACAAAGGAAAAAUUCAACAAUUAUAUUACUUAGACACAGCAUCUACAUAUUCAGUGUUAAAUAAUACAGUAUAUAUAAUACAACAGACUUUCUCCCAUAUACUUCUCCAGAAAGAGCAGAAAUACAGGGAAUAAGAAGAAAAUUCUACUGAAUGUUCCACUCAUAGUUGGCAUAAGAAAUGAAGAAGUAAAGAAUGUGCAUUUUGGAAUAAUGAAACUUGGGGUAAAUGGACUUUGAAUAGUAGGGGUAGAUAUUCUCAAAGUAUUGCAAUACUUAAUAGCUCUUGUAAAAAACCAUUCAAUGGGCAAUAGAGUAAUGUAAGAAUAAGUUUUUUAAAAAGGGGAAGUGUGUGUAAAAUAAAAAUAAAAUGUGUGUGGAAUUUUUUGUUUAAUUAUUAAAUUUAAUAGAGAACGAGAGAAAGACAGAAAAAGAAAGGAGAGAGUGAGAAAGAAAGAAAAGGAAGCCUGGCAGGAGAGUGGUUUGAGGACCUCCUGGAAUCAAAUGAACAAUAAAUAUUAAAUUAAUAAUUAUGUCAUUAUGACAUAUUUAUUAAUACUUUAAUAGAAGAAGAGGAUAGUGGUAUAGAUAAACAGCCAGAGGAGAAUGAGGAGGUGCCACCUAUGGUUAUAGCCCAGCUGUUUUUUGACCCAUCUGGAAGACCUUAACCCAAUAAGAGUUAAUUCAGCAGAGACAGAAAUGCUCUGUUACCUAGAUACGGGGUCUAACAUUUCAAUUUUAAACAUAGCGACAGACUUUGACCUUGUGCAGUAUGCCUUAGAUUAUAUAUAUAUAUUUAUGUGAUUAUGGGAACAUUAGGAGGACAGACCCCUAACCAGAUCAAUAUCAAUUAAUAUAAGAUUUUGACAAUUGAGUGAUGGACCAGGGGAGCACAGUCGUAUGGAAUAAUCGGCAUGGAUAUUAUAGGAAUGUUGGAUUGUCUGAUUGAUGUGGGGAAUAAAAUAUUAUGGGAUACCAAUUAAAAGGAAAAAAAUU